AUGAUCGACUUCGAGUUAUCUGACGCGCAGACCAAAGUCCGGGAACAUGCGCGCUCUUUCGCUACAGAGCACCUCGCAACUGCCCACACCCUGUACGAGAAUCUGCCGACUCCACAAGCGAGGUUUUCUGCCAUCAGACCUCUCUACGAACAGGCCGUCAAGGCGGCGCUGCUUCGAGUUCAGGUGCCGACUGAAUAUAAUGGCCUGGGAUACGGCCUCGUUGACAUGGCACUCUUAACCGAGGAGCUGUAUACUGCUGACGUCAGCGUGGCGUUGACUAUCCUCGCGACCGGGCUUGGUUUGUCCCCGUUGCUUCUUGGGGGGACAGAUGCGCAGAAGAAGAGGUAUCUAAGUCCAUUUGUGGACAGCAAGGGGGUGCCGCUGGCAAGCUUGGUGCAUUCUGAGCCGGGCGGCACGGCUAAUUACGGGACGACGGGGUUGAAGACGACAGCUAGAAAGACUGAGGAUGGGUGGGUUAUUAACGGGGAGAAGUUAUGGGCAACCAAUUGCACAGGGUGGGACGAUCGCGGUGCUGACAUCCAGUGCGUUACGUGUCGGUGUGAAGAUGCUCCAUACGCUACGACAGAUGCCAAAGGACAAACAAUGAUUCUCCUGGUAACGAGAAAAGACGUCGCGGCUAAUUCACCCGAUGCGUAUGCCGUGCUGUCUCACCCCGACACGAUCGGCCACCGCGCCGUGUCUGGCCCCCAUAUUCGAUUCCGGAACUUCAUGGCCAAGGAGGUCAUCGCAAUGCCCGGCGCGGGAGCCGAGGUCAUUGAAGCAGCGUUCACUGCUUCUGCGGGCUUAGUUGGAGCAAUGGGCGUCGCAUUAAUGAGACGUUGCUUUGAGAUGACGCUUCGGUUUGCUAAGUCGGACACAAGGAAUGGCUUAGAGCCUAUCAUCCACAAGCAAAGCGUGGCUGACUUGCUGAUCAAGGUGAAAAUGCGCUGUGAAGCUGGUAGAGCCUUGACGUGGAAAGCUUGUUCUUCCUUGGGAAAAUUUCCUGAGGCGGCUGAAACUGCACACCUGGCUAAGAUAUUUUGCUCCGAGAAUGCGGUGCAGUGUGUAAUUGAGGGAAUGAAUGCGGUUGGCAUUCAAGCGUACCAGGCAAAAUCCCAAUAUGGGGUGCUGCUCAAUGAUGCUGUGUGCCUGCCCAUAUUCGAUGGGGGCAAUGUCGGUGUCAGGAGAAGACAGGUCGAGGCUGUCUUCAAAUCUGCAGGAUAUGAUCCGCUGGCCUCGACCUUUGGCUCCAAGCUUUGA